UGCUCUGCCACUCCCAGGGGACAGCAGCAGGCAGGAUGACCCAAAACAUGGUGACUGUGAAUGGAGUCGAUGUGGCCUCUGCGCCGUCCCAGCCCACCCACAUCAACAUCCACAUCCAUCAGGAAUCAGCUUUGGCACAACUGCUAAAAGCUGGAGGUUCCCUGAAGGAGCUCCUUUUCCGCCCUGGGGACAGUGGCCCUUCCAAGGCCAGGAUAAGCUAUGGGCAGUUGGCCCUAGGGGUGACCCAGAUAUUGUUGGGGGCUGUAAGCUGUGUGUUUGGAGUAUUUCUGUACUUUGGACCCUGGACUGAGCUGCGUGCCUCAGGCUGCGCCUUCUGGGCAGGGUCUGUGGCUAUUACAGCAGGAGCAGGGGCCAUUGUCCAUGAGAUGCACCGGGGCAAACUUUCAGGCUGGGUAUCAGGUCUGCUCACCCUGGCUGGUGUUGCCACGGCUGUUUCUGCUGUUGUCCUCUGUGUGAACAGCUUAACCUGGCAAAGCGAUGGCUUCUUCUACAUCGACUCAGUGUGUGACAGCCCAGUCCCUGCCUCCACAACCACUGGGUACACAUGGAUGCGGCAAAGAAGCUACCGCUCCAGCUGGAGUGAGGAUAAUUGCAGAGUCUACAUGCGAAUGCUGAUGAACUUGUUCCUGGGAAUUCGUGCUCUGCUCCUGGCUGUCUGUGUCCUGCAGGUCGUUGUAUCCUUGGCUUCCCUGGGCAUGGGUCUUCGAAGCUUUUGUGGCCAGAGCUCCCGGCCCCUGGAUGAGGAAGUGUCAGAGAAGAAGCUCCUGGAGGAGAAUUCAGUGCCUCCCUCCCCCUCCAAGGAGAAGACCACGGCUGCCGUCAUCCUGUGAGCUGCCCAAGACCCUGCCUGGACCGCUGCAUGUCCCUGCAGAGUAGCCCAGGGUGCUCCUCAGGGCCCCUCACUGCCCUGUCCCUCACACUUGCCUCUCCUUUGGCCACUGUCCAGUACCUCCUCUUCUCCCUACCACCCUCACUCAUUGUUCCCACUCCAGUGUCCUCAGUUCAAGGAACAGGUAUUGUCACAUCUUUCCUCAAUGCUAAUUAAACAGAAACAACCA